GGACUGGGGAUAACCACCACCACCACGACCGCAAACAUCCCUGGGCUCCCAUCAGCGAGGGGACCUGGCGCUUCCAUCUGGGACAUCCCCUCUCCGGCUCCCUCUGCGAUAAGCAGGCUCGCUUUCCGUCCCCCACUCUGCCUCUCUGCCCGCUCCCCGUCCCCAUCCCGGGCGAAAGAAAAGGAACAAUAACACCCGCACGAAAGAAGUUCGACGCGACCCUCCGGGCGGAGUUGCUCCAAGUGCCGGCUUCUCGCUCAGGUCGGACGAGGCGGCGGCUUCACGGCGGAGAAGCGCAAGUCCUCCAAGUUCACGGAUGCCUCCGGGCUGCUGUGAGCGCCGCGUCUCCCUCGCCCGCUUCGGUGCCGCUCCUGCCUCGUCCCGCCACGCCAGCAGGAGCGGCGGCGGCGGCUCUUGCUAACCUUGCGCCCACUCCCACCCACGGCCCGGCCGUCGCUUCUCCGCGACGAGAGCGAGCGGAGAGAAAGAGCCAGCGAGCGGCAGAGCCCACCAUGCUGCUGAAGUUUGUUUGCUCGCCGCUGUUGCUGCCGCUCCUGCUGGCUGCAAGCUUGCAAGCCGCCGCCGCCGCCGCCGCCGGAGUUUUCCCAGCAACUUCAGCACCUGCCUAUGAUAAAGCUUCGCAACUCUCCAAGACGGCGGCGGCCGCUGCUACGGCGGCGGGAGUCGUCCUACCCUCCGCGCAGGAGCACCGAGCCAGCGGCCUCGUGGAGAGCAUCGACCGGACCUACUCGGGGGGAGGCAAGGUGGGCUACAUCCUCUACGCGGGGGGGCAGCGCUUCCUCCUGGACCUGGAGAAGGACGCGCUGCUGGGGUCCACCGAGCAGCUGCUGCAAGGCAAGGGCCACUGCUUCUACCGGGGUACAGUGGACGGCAGCCCCCAGUCCUUAGCUGUCUUCGACCUUUGCGGAGGCUUGGAUGGCUACUUCGCGGUCAAGCACGCCCGCUACACUGUGAAGCCCUUGCUCCGGAGCAAAGCGCGGGAGGAAGGGGAGCCCGCUCGGGAGCGGAUCUACGGAGACGAGUCCGCCCGGGUGCUGCACCUCUUCUUCACGGACCAUUUCAGCUUCGAGACGCUGCCUUCGCGCCCCAGCUGCGAGACGAGUGGCUCGUCCAGGCCCCCGGCUCUGGAUGGAAGGCGAUCGGGCCCCCAGGGGCAGCGGGAGACCGAGCCCACAGCCAGGGCGGCGCUUUCCCCCGACGAGUUCUUUCCCCAGGAGGUGGGCGCCAGGAGCAGGAAGCGGCGCUCUGUUUCCCGGGCCAGGCAGGUGGAGCUGCUCCUGGUGGCUGACGAGUCCAUGGCCAAGAAGUAUGGCAAGGGUCUCCAUCACUACCUGCUGACUCUGGCCACCAUUGCCUCGCGGCUCUAUGGGCAUGCCAGCAUCGAGAACCACAUCCGCCUGGCGGUGGUGAAGGUGGUGGUGCUGGGGGACAAGGAGAAAGGCUUGGAAGUGAACAAGAAUGCCGCCACCACGCUCAAGAACUUCUGCAAGUGGCAGCACCAGCACAACCAGCUGGAUGAUGAGCAUGAGGAGCAUUACGAUGCUGCCAUCCUCUUCACCCGUGAGGAUUUAUGUGGGCAUCAUUCAUGUGAUACUCUGGGAAUGGCUGACGUUGGAACCAUAUGCUCUCCUGAGCGCAGCUGUGCAGUGAUUGAAGAUGACGGCCUCCAUGCGGCUUUUACAGUGGCUCACGAAAUUGGACACCUCCUUGGACUUUCCCAUGAUGACUCCAAAUUCUGUGAGGAGAACUUUGGUUCUAUGGAAGAUAAAAGACUUAUGUCUUCCAUCUUAACAAGCAUUGAUGCUUCCAAACCAUGGUCCAAAUGUACUUCAGCAACAAUAACAGAAUUUCUGGAUGAUGGCCAUGGUAACUGUUUACUGGAUCAACCACGAAAACAGAUCUUGGGCCCUGAGGAACUUCCAGGGCAAACCUACGAUGCCAUCCGUCAAUGCAAGCUCGCAUUUGGGCCAGACUACACAGUGUGUCCUGGGAUGGAUGUAUGCUCUCGGCUGUGGUGCGCAGUUGUUCGCCAAGGUCAAAUGGUGUGCUUGACCAAAAAACUCCCUGCCGUGGAGGGGACACCAUGUGGAAAGGGAAGAAUCUGCCUUCAAGGAAAAUGUGUUGAUAAAACAAAGAAAAAAUAUUAUUCGGCUUCAAACCAUGGGAACUGGGGAUCCUGGGGCCCAUGGGGACAGUGCUCUCGUACAUGCGGUGGAGGUGUUCAAUUUGCCUAUCGUCACUGCAAUAACCCAGCACCGAGAAACAAUGGACGGUACUGCACAGGAAAGCGGGCCAUCUAUCGCUCCUGUAACAUCAUGCCAUGUCCUGCCAAUGCUAAAGCUUUUCGCCAGGAACAGUGUGAAGCAAGGAAUGGCUACCAGUCAGAUGCAAAAGGGGUCAAAACAUUUGUAGAAUGGGUUCCCAAAUAUGCCGGAGUGCUCCCAGGAGAUGUUUGCAAACUUACCUGUCGAGCCAAGGGAACAGGCUACUAUGUCGUUUUUGCUCAAAAGGUGAUUGAUGGGACGGAGUGUAGACCAUAUAGUAAUUCAGUCUGCGUCCGUGGCAAAUGUGUGAGAACAGGAUGCGAUGGCAUUAUUGGCUCAAAGCUCCAGUAUGAUAAAUGCGGCAUCUGCGGUGGGGACAACUCCAGCUGCACAAAAGUUAUGGGAACCUUUAAUAAAAAGAGUAAGGGCUAUACAGAUAUCGUGAAAAUACCAGAAGGAGCAACACACAUCAAAAUACGACAGUUCAAAGCUAAAGACCAGAGUAGGUUCACAGCUUACUUGGCCCUGAAAAAGAAAAAUGGUGAGUACCUUGUCAAUGGGAAGUACAUGAUCUCAACCUCAGAGACCAUCAUUGACCUCAACGGAACUGUCAUGAACUACAGUGGCUGGAGUCACAAAGAUGAUUUCUUGCAUGCAAUGGGACAUACAGGCACGAAGGAGAUCCUCAUAGUACAGAUUCUUGCAACUGACCCAACUAAACCAGUGGAUGUCCGUUAUAGUUUCUAUGUGCCAAAGAAGCAGACUCAAAUGACAAACUCUGUAACCAGCAACAGCAGCAGCAACAAACUGACACCUCCAUUCACAGAACCCCGGUGGGUGACUGGGCCAUGGCUCUCUUGUUCUCGAACGUGUGAUACAGGCUGGCACACAAGAACUGUCCAAUGUAAAGAUGGGAAUGAAAAAUUAGCAAAAGGAUGCCUUCUGUCUCAAAGACCUUCGGCGUUCAAGCAGUGCUUGCUCAAAAAAUGUUAACCUGUGGUUGUGGGCUUCUCAAAAAGGAGUCUUGUUAGGUCAUAGCUGACAUAUUGACAUAGGAUCUACCCAGGUGCAGAGAGAGUCAACACAUCAAGAUAUUUCAUAUCGUCUGAAAAUUAUGGGCAGAAUCUGCCUAUUUGGACCAAAUGAGGAUAUGCACUGGCCUGAAUGAUAAUGAGGUGAUCUUAAUAUGUCAAAGGCACUAAGUAUUAGUUGUUACAAGCCCUUUGUAUCUGCAAAUAAGAAGAGGAUAUACCAGUGAAUGGGUCAUCAUGAAGGUUACAGAUUCAUCUCCCUUUUCUCACCUACCUCUAACACAGUCUGUCCUUGGACAACUCAUCAUACUUACCCAUGAUACCACAAUAGUUUAUUUUAUACUAUUUGUAAAUAUCUUUGCUUUGGUAUGUCACUUUAUAUCACUCAAUCUUCUUGUGAAAGAACAACAUCCUCUCUAUAUGAUGCAAGUGACUGACCAAAGUAUGUUGACAGCCCUUGUGAAUGCCAUCACGUUCAAAAACGUGGCUGUGGAUGUUUUACUGGAAAAUUAAGAGCUUGCUGCUUUAAAAAGAGAGAGGGAAAAUUUUUGACAACAGGAAAUACAUUUCCAUUCUAGGAAUUUCCUGACAACAGAGUCUAAUUCUGUAUUAAUGCCUUUCUAAUGAUAAAUUCUUAUAUAGGCGCACUGCUGCAGCAAUAAAAUUAGCUGCUAGAAUGCUUCUUUAAGAAAAACGGGGGCAUAUUUAAUUCUGCAUUAGCAUUUUACAGGACAACAGCAAGAACUAGGAAAAAUGCAUCUGACAUGAUGCAAUGGCAAAGCAUUGGGUCAUGCUUUAGAGGUCUUCUAACUGAGCUAUUCUGAAAUCUUUUUACAUCUUGUUUCUCCAUUUGUUUCUCUGUGGCUUCCACUGGAAAUCUGACAACAUGUAAUGAAUUUGUCAUUGCAGAAGCUAUGAAAAACAUAACAAGUGGUUCAUUGCAUCUAUUAAUAUUUUGUCCAAUACCUCUAAUUGUGUGAUGCAUUUAACCACUCAAAUAUCCUAGUCCAGAUAUCUGCAAAUGCUCAGAUAUGAACAAGGAUACCUUGUUGCACAAAUUGCCAAUUAUUUCAAUGAAAGAUGUGCGGUCUUUUGCACAUGUAGAUUGGCUCUUUCCAUUAAAAUGAAUGGGGUAUGUUUCAUAUGCAACUCAAAACUUACAUGCCUUUAAUUAGUGUAUGGGUGGGUAACCCGUGCACAUUUUGGGGAGGGCUAUAUAACUAUAAGAAAUAUUUAUUUUUUGAGGCAUUGCAUAUUUUUGUAGAUUAAUGGACAUCUAUAUCCACAUACUUGGGAGUAAGCCCUGCUGAAUUCAAUAGAAUUUUAUUUCUUGGUAUACACAUAUAAGUUUGAAUUGUAAGGCUGCAGUCCUAGACAUACUAGGAAGUAAGCCUCGGUGAACAUAAUAGUAUUAACUUCUGAGUAAAUAUGUAUAAGUUUGUGCUGUCAGAGCCACAAGAAAGUCAUGCCACAUGUAGAUGUGGUACCUGAAGUGAAUAUUUGUUAAGUCUGUUUCCACAGAGGAAGGGAUUUUUCCCCCAGAUCACAGGCAAAUGAACUUUCCAUUUUAGAAGGGUAACAUAAAUACCUCAUCUCAAAUUUAAUGAAUUUAAUUAACUUUGAGAUCACAUUUAUGUCAUAUGAAUGAAAUAUGAAAUGUGGGUUUAUAAUAUGGAUGCAAGUACAUUGCAUCUCUGUGCCCCAUUGCUUUGAAUAAGCAGUCUAAGCACAUGAAUUUCCAUGAAAAUUUAGUUUUGGAUUUCAGCAAAGACAACAUUAUAGCCAAAAUAUCCAAAUUUAACUUCGAUUUUGACCUAAACUCUUUGCACAUUUGUAUUUGUCUUCAGCACCAGUUCUGAUGUUGUUCUGGAGCUGUGAUCAGAAAAUACCAUCCUAAGCAUUUAUUUUCUGAUGCAGAAAAUUUUAAGAUGAAUGGAUCUGGCCUAUAUUGCUAGACCACUCAAUUUAUAUAAUCCCUGUUUGACUUGAGUGGUUAUCCUAGCUAUGUGACACUUGGAGAAUUAGAUGGCCAAGAAGCACUCAGACAUUUUAGCUCAAUAGUAAAGUUACCAAGGCAUAAUUGCACUUCCAUUUAUGUGUACUAAACCUACUUGAUAUAAAGCACUUAUCCAUGAUGACUGACAGUUUAAUUUUCACAUCUCCCGAUAAAGUGAUAUUUGAUUGAAGAAUAGAGUUGGUCUACUUAGAGUAGACCAAUUGAAAUCAAUGGGACUUUUGGCACUAUUACUUAAGUCUUGUUGAUUGUAAAAGGUCUACUCAGUGUCUAAGUCUGGAUCCAUUCUCUUACAAUCAAAUUCUGAGUUAUUAGAAAUAUAUGAAAUCCUACCAGUAAUUAAAAUUUCCCAUACACUUCUGAAUGGGAAACUUUUGAGUGAACAUAAGCCAGUCAGGACCAGAAAAAGGGAAAUUCAAAGGCAAAAAAGCAAACUGUAUUUUAUAGACCAGGCACAGACAUGGUAUAUACUUCAUAAUCUAACUUAAAUGGCACAUAUAUGUUAGUCAGACUUAGAUAAAAGCAUGAAAAAGAAUGUGAAAUUCACAGUUUCCUUAUUGUAGCAUGAUAGUUAGAAAUGUGAGACAUGUGGUAAACAUGGUUAAUUUGGGCACAAAACAAAUGAACAAAAGGCAGAAUUAAAUUGAUUGGAAUGUUUUGACCUUUUCCUACACUGUACUACCACUUUCCACUGAACAUCUCCCAUGCAUCCACAUUGCUUUGUGGGCUAAUUAAUGUGAAACUGGUGCCAAUUAUGUCACUUUAUAUUUUCUCACUGUGUUUGAAGCAGGUCAGUCCCAAGGACUCAGAUCUAGACACAGCUCGGUUAUUUGAAUUUUAUCUGAAAAUCUCACUAGCUCAAUGAAUGCAUACUGAAUGUUAAAGUCAUAACCGAUGUCAUGAUUUUGAACACCUCUGCAUUGGAUAUAAACCUAUCCCCACUAGAUUCAGCAAUGACAUUACAAAUCAUCCUUAAAAAACAAGCCGUAAUCCUGAAGACACAUAACAUCAUUGUAUGGAACACACUGGGAAUAGUGGUUUGAGGGUUGCCACCAAAACCUACGGAACAUGGCUGAAUGCAAUCACUUUCCCAUGAAUUUAUCCUAUAGGAUGUAAGUGGGGGAAGAUGUUGGUAACUGAUCCCAGAUGUUAAAAAAUAAAUAAACUCAAAGAAGUAAGAAGCAACGUAGCACUGAAAAAAUAAAUAAUUUAUUGUUUUUACAUAUUGGUAUGUGAAUGGAUGUAAUGAAUUUAUUUAUUCUUAUUUAACGUGAAAUGCCAAUUGUGGAAAUUCUUAUAUAUUUAAAUGGUUUUGCUAUCA